AUGAGUCCGGAAAUAGAAACAAAUAGGACUGGCUGGGGGACAGGGAAUGAGUCCCAUCCCUCGGAGCUAGUCGAAGGGGGUCGUCUGAAUAAGACCGUCAGCGUCCAGGAGCUGCGCAACGCAGUGCCGGGCUAUUGUUUCCGGCCCUCACUCUUCUGGUCGACCUUCUAUCUCGCCCGCGACCUGACGUAUUCGACGGUCUUGCUUGUUGGUCUAUGCCGCCUGUGGCAGAUGCAAGAGGUGAACGAGUCGCGGCUUCUCUACUAUCUUAUUGUCAAUUUGUAUGGCGUGUGCCAGGGCGUUAUCUGGACAGGAGUGUGGAUUAUCGCCCACGACUGCGGCCACGGAGCCUUUUCGGCCUCAGGUCUGGUCAACGAUCUUGUUGGGUUCGUCCUGCACUCGAGCCUGCUGGCGCCAUAUUUUUCCUGGAAGUCUACCCAUCGCCGCCACCAUAUCUAUGCCAACCACAUUGACAGAGAUCUCAACUACGUGCCUCCGCAGCGGGCAGAGUACGCCCGCAAGAUUGGCCGCGCAAUCGAGAUGCUGGAUGAUAUCGGCCAGGAUGCGCCGCUAGUUCUUUUCCUGCGCAUUCUGCUCCAGCAAGCCAUCGGCUGGAACUGGUAUAUCUUGUCGAACAUCACCUGUCCACCGUCCGCCGUCGUCCGGCAGGGCAUGUCGGCGUGGCGCCACAGCCAUUUCGACCCCUUUGGCGCGCUGUUCCGCGACUCAGAACGGUUGGCCAUCAUCAUGUCCGAUCUGGGCUGUCUUGCGACCAUCGCUGUGCUGUAUAGGCUGUCAAAAGUGUUUGGUGUCGCCACCGUCUUCUGGGCCUAUAUUGUCCCCUGGACCUGGACGAACCACUGGAUAGUCAUGAUCACAUACCUCCACCAUACCCAUCCCUCCGUGCCCAAGUACACGGCCGACUCGUGGACCUUUCUGCGCGGUGCGACAGCGACCAUCGACCGCGACUUUGGCAUCAUCGGCACUCACUUUCUGCACCACAUCUCGUCCGACCACGUCACACAUCACCUCUUCUCCCGUAUCCCGCAUUACUACAUCCCCGUCGCGAGCCGGGCGAUCGUCCCGCUGCUCGGGAAGCACUACCAUGGGCGCGGUCGGUUCCGCUAUCAGGAUCUCAAGCUUGCCUUUCGAGACUGUCAGUGGGUGGAAGAGGACGUGGUCAAGGACCAGGCCUUGGGGCUGCGUACAAAUGGCGACCCGGAUCCUCACCACACGGCGCUCUGGUAUCGUGGGGGGAUCUCCCCGUCACCAGAGUACAAGAGGCGAGUACAUGACAAGAUGGAUGACUAG